AUGGCCGCCAGGAGGAGGACGCCGGAAGUCCCGCCCCGAGGAGAGCCACAGGCACGGAAAUGCCUUUAUGUUGUCCUGUCAUUGGCUCAAAACGGCACACAGCCUUCUGGACUUGGCCCUAUCAAGGCUGGUUUCACUUGUCUUCUCUCGCCAACACCGUUCAUCCCGAGGGGCUGUGUCCUGUCUGAGGAUGUGUUUGUGUGCUUCUCCCUGGAAGAAUGGAGGCUCCUUGGUGAGGCCCAGAGAUUCCUGUAUGGAAAUAUGAUGCUGGAGAACUUGGCACUUUUAGCCUCCCUGGGUAAGGCCCUCACCAGAUCACACAUCAUCAUGCAGCUGGAGCAGAGGGAAGAAACCUGGAUACCUGCCCAGGUGGAGAUGACUCCAGCCACAGAGAAAGAGCCUCAUAUGGGACAUGAUUGUUGCCAUGGAGUGGAGGCUGAGGCUGCUUCCUCUGAGCAGACUGUUUCUUUAGAAGGAAUGUCACCAUUUAGGACCCCUGUGGCAGGUCUGAAGACCCAGCCAUAUGACAUGUCUGGCCCGGUAUCAAAAGACAUUUUUCACCUACUGAAUAACCAGGAGGGGAAAGCCAAACAGAAGCCACACAAGUGUGAGGCCUACGGGAGACAGUUCUGGUUCAGUGCAGACCUCCACCAGCACCAGAAACAGCACAGUGGAGAGAAAUUCUUCAGGAAGGAUGAGAGCAGAGACUCGAAAAGCUGCAGAAUCUGUGUGAUGGAGAAUAUUUAUGUACAUGGUGAAGGCAUAAUGCACAUGCCAGCUGCCUCUGACUUUCAGCACUAGGUCCCUCAUGACAGAAUGAAGCCCCACAUGAGCACUGGUUGUGGGGGAGCCCUUAGUACUGGACAGAAGCUUAACAAAUGCAGUGAAUGUGGGAAAGAAGUCACCUGGAAAGACACGCUUGCUUGACAUCAGAGAAUCCACACUGGAGAGAGACCUCAUGAGUGCAGCAAAUGUGGGAAAUGCUUCAGCCAAAGCUGUGACCUUUUCAAACAUCAGACCAUACACACAGGUGAAAGGCCUUACAAGUGCAACGAAUGCAGGAAAUUUUUCAGACAGGUCUCUGGCCUGUUUGAACACAGGCGAGUUCACACAGGAAAAAGGCUCUUUCAGUUCAGUAACUGUGGAAAAUUCUUUAACAGCAAAUCAAACCUCAUUCAACACUAGGAGGUUCACACAGGAGCAAGGCCAUACAUGUGCAGUGAAUGUGGGAAAGAGUUCAACUGCAAACUCACACUGGUUCUGCACCAGAGAACUCACACUAGAGAAAAGCCCUAUGAAUGCAGCGAAUGUGGGAAGACCUUCAGUCAAAGCUCCAACCUUAAUUUACACUGGUGAGUUCACAGUGACUACAAGUGCAGGAAAUGUGGGAAAGUCUUCAGUUGCAUCUCUAAACUCAUUCAGCACCAGAAGGCCCAUUCUGGAGAAAAGCCUUAUGAGUGUAGCAGGUGUGGGAAGGCGUUUGCUCAAAGGCCAAACCUUACUCAGCACUGGAAGGUUCACAUGGGAGCAAGGACUUAUGUUUGCAGUAACUGCGGGAAAGAGUUCAACUGCAAAUACAUUCUUGUUCUCCACCAGAGGACUCAUACUGGAGAAGAACCGUGA